AUGGUAAAUGAAAGGAUCAGUGUUGCCGAAGACAUUGCACAGAUUCGUGUUGACGGUCCUCCUCAGGGUGGCGUCCAGUAUGAAACUCUGCCGGUCAUCAAAGACGGAAGCCCUAUUCUCAGAGACAUGGCCUUUUCCCUGGACAACAGCUACAUCUACGUCAUGUCGGAGAGACAGGUGACACGGGUGCCGAUCGAGUCCUGUGAGCAGUAUGGCACGUGUGGAGAGUGUCUGAGCUCCGGAGAUCCACACUGUGGCUGGUGUGUGCUGCAUAACAUAUGUUCUCAAAGGGAUCGUUGCGAGCGGGCAAACGAGCCGUACCGCUUCGCCGCUACACUGAACCAGUGUGUGAAAGCCACGGUGUACCCGGACAGCAUCGCCGUGUCUGAACCCAGCGUACCGCUGCUGGUGAAAGUGACAGAUGUUCCGGAUCUUUCCGCUGGAAUCACAUGCUCCUUCGGGAACCUGACGGAGGUUGAGGGCAGAGUGGAUGGGAAUCAGAUUCUCUGCCUUUCUCCCGCUGCUAAAGAUGUUCCCAUCAUCCCCACAGAUCAAGACUGGUCGGGUGUGGAGCUCAGACUGAACUCGAAGGAGACGGGUCAGAUGCUAAUUAGCACAGAGGUGAAGUUCUACAACUGCAGCGUGCACCAGCUGUGUCUUUCCUGUGUGACCAGUUCCUUCCGCUGCCACUGGUGCAAGUACAGAAACCUCUGCACCCACGACCCCUCCAGCUGCUCUUUCCAGGAGGGACGCGUCAAUGCCUCAGAGGACUGUCCUCAACUGGUCCGCUCUGAGGAGAUCCUGAUCCCGGCAGGGGAGGUGAAGCCCAUCACACUGAAAGCCCGGAACCUUCCGCAACCUCAGUCGGGUCAGCGCGGUUACGAGUGUGUGUUACACAUACAAGGAGUCAGUCACAGAGUCACGGCGCUCAGAUUCAACAGCUCCAGUGUGCAGUGCCAGAACAGCUCGUAUCUGUAUGAAGGGAUGAGGAUCAGUGAGCUGCCGGUGGAUUUCUCAGUGGUGUGGAAUGGAAACUUCAUCAUUGACAAUCCUGAGAACAUCAAAGUGCACCUGUAUAAGUGUGGUGCUCAGAGGGACAGCUGUGGCGUGUGUUUGAAGGCAGAGAGGAAGUUCCAGUGUGGUUGGUGCAGUAUGGAGGGCCGCUGUACCCUACGCCAGCACUGUCCCAUGUCCAACCCCUACACCAGCCGCUGGCUUCACCUCGCCAGCACAAACGUCAAGUGCACCAACCCUCGCAUCACUGAGGUGACCCCAGUGGCCGGACCACCAGAAGGGGGCACCAGAGUGACCAUCCGUGGUGUGAACCUAGGCUUGUCCUUCUCAGACAUGGUCAACAACGUGCAGAUAGCAGGAGUCCAGUGCACCCCACAGGAGAACGGCUACAUUAUUGCUGAACAGAUUGUGUGUGAGAUGGAUACAGCUCCCACUGACAGUAAACCCGGCCCAGUCCAUUUGUGUGUAGGGGAGUGUAAGCCGGAGCUCCAAACGCGCUCUUCUCAACUCUAUUCCUUUGUGAUGCCAUCGGUCACAGGAUUGUCCCCCAUUCGGGGUCCAGAGUCCGGAGGAACUAAAGUGACCAUAAUGGGGGAAAACCUGGGAGCAGGCAGCAGCGUCAGUGUGCUUUUUGGGAACCAGACCUGCGAGUUUUAUGAACGGACUAUGAUGGAGAUCGUGUGUUACUCUGCCCCUUCUCUGACGGGUGUGGGGCCGGUUCAGAUCAGCGUGAGCGUGGAUCGUGCCCAGGUCCGAGAGAGCCUGACUUUUGAGUAUAUAGACGACCCCACCGUUCAACGCAUCGAACCGGAAUGGAGCAUUGCGAGCGGACACACACCUCUGGUGGUGACCGGGACUAAUUUGGAUGCCAUACAGGAGCCGAGGAUUCGGAUCAAGUACGGCGGGCGGGAAUCUGUAAAUGUGAGUAGCUUCAUUUGUGUUAUCGGUGGUUCCUCAAUUAUCCACUAUCACUUUAGAAAUGACCUUAGUUACCUGAGCUCAGGGGCUUCUGGGAGAAUGGCUCUCUCGUUAUGGGCUGAUAUCUCUCAGGAGCCGACAUGAUGAAACCAAAUCAUCUCAGUUCGAGAUGCGAGAUG